AUGCCGACUCCGAUUUAUCGAACCCCAGAGUUUUGUUGGUCUCCUGUUCAUCUUCGACUACUUGGCGAUCUGCUGACUGGAAUUGAAACUGUGGUUGACGAGUGGAAAAUAUCAGAAUCACCAUCCAUUACUGAUCUCUGCAACAUGAAUGACAAUCAGAUUUUCGUUGGGAAUACUGUCCAUGUCAUUUCACAACUCGCCGACAGUCUUAUUAUGGCGUGUGGGGGCCUUCUUCCUCUUCUGGCUUCAGCUACGUCACCUAAUAGCGAAUUGGAGAUCACUGAUGCUUGUCAGCAGGAGCUUCCAAUUGAGUGUGCUGCAUCGUUGUUGUCGCGAUUCGUGCAGCUGGCAGAUAUCUUCGUUUUUGCUAGUGGAGUGUCAUUUGCUGAAUUAGAACAGGAGAAAAACAUGCCUUCCGGGGGAGUGCUGCGUCAAGUCCUUCGUCUCAUCUCGACAGCAGCAGUGCGACACAUCCUCACCGCCCGCGUCCUGCGGCCGGAUAGCAACGGUCAAACGUUUGAGCCUCAUGCAAAUACGAAGAACGAGGCUAUCUACGAGUUUGUCAAGGGAGCGAUUGAGUCGCAAGGAAAAGAAGGGAUUGUAGACCUGGAUCGCCUUCUACAGGACAUCGAUUUGCAGCGUAUCAAGGGAGCUGUUUAUCGGGACAUGGUGGAGGAAAAUCGUCAAGCUCAGUUUCUCGCGUUGGCCGUGGUUUAUCUCCUUUCGGUAUUAAUGGUGUCCCGGUAUAGAGACAUUCUGGAACCACCAGCUAGUCCCAGUCCUUUCUUCAAUUCUGCAACUAAUAACGAAGAAUGCAGCACACCCGGCUCUUCUACUGCUGGUGGUGCGGACCUCACGAAGCCUCCCACUCCAGAAAAAGCAACAACUAAUGGAGAGGUUGCGAGCGAAGACGAAUGCAAGGAGGAUAAAGAAGGCAUUUCAGCAAUUAUGGUGGCUCCUGGAACAGUGAAGAAGGAUGGGAAAGACUACAAGGCGGAAGAACUGUCGAAAUUGGGUGCUUCAACGAACAGUGCUCCUUCUCAACAACCGGCUGAGCGAAGGCAGUACUUAACCAGCAAACUUCAAACGGCGCUAGAAACAACCGCGCCACUCUUGAGGGAAAUAAUGAGCGAUUUCCGAUCGUUUUUCCAGAAAACACUCCUCGGUACACAUGGGCAGGAGAUCAUGAAUGACAGCAAAGUACUGGAAACUUUGAAGAAUCGACAAGGUUCCGUCAUCGAGCUUGUUAUGUUGCUCUGCUCACAAGAAUGGCAGACGUCUCUACAGAAACAUGCUGGACUUGCUUUCAUUGAAUUAGUAAACGAAGGACGUCUCAUGGCUCACGCCACUCGGGACCACGUGCUUCGCGUCUCAAAUGAGGCAGACUUCAUUUUAAAUCGUCUGCGUGCCGAAGAUGUCAGCAAGCAUGCUCAUUUCGAGAGUGAAACAAUGGCGAAUCUAGAGGUGCGGUGCGAAGAAGAAGCGCGAUGGGCACAAGCAAUUCGAAACGGACGACGAAGGGAUGGUCGUCUGGCCGCAAAGUUACUGGGAAACAUGAUGACAGUACUAUGCAGUCCUAGUGGAGCAUGGAGUUCAGGAGAUGAAACCACGCAGCUAUUCUGGCGCUUGGAUGUCUGGGAAGAUGACAGUCGUCGAAGACGUCGUUUUGUUCCAAACGUAUUCGGUUCAAGACACGAAGAAGCUAGUGUGAUCAGUGUGCCGUCUGAAGCUCAAGAAAUGAGUGAGGAGGAGAAAUUGAGAGCUCUCGCGAACAGCAUUGUGCCGGGACGCAGUCAAUCUUCGGAGCUGGUUGAUGAAAGUGACAUAGACAAAUGGGCCGCCGAAAUUGAUCCUACUCCUAGUAGCGAUGGAAAUCAGAAACGAGUAGAGUAUAUUGGUUGGGUGGCAGAAGAUCUCGAAGGAGAGCGAUAA